AUCUUCUUCUUCCUUUCUCUAUCACAAAAGAUGGAUGCCUCGUUCUUUGUGUUCUUUGCCUCAACUUGUAUGAAUCAUCAUUACCAUUAUCGUCGUCGUUGCACCCAGCAUCGUUAGGACCAACCAUUGGAAAGUAAAAAGAAAAAAGAAGAAGUUGUCUGUUGCACAAAAUUCCAGAGUCUGCGAAGUCGACUUCCCACCACUACAAACUGGCACCACCAUAAGAARAAACGACCGAACAAGAGACUGACCGAAAGGAUCUGUUAGACACAAAACAAGGCUACGGCAAACAAAAACGAAGAAGUGCCAGUAUUGAAAUUGCACCAAACAUGAUGCACAGCGUACGCACCCGAAAUAUCGCCGUUGCGAUCCUUGCAGCGGUUCUUCUGCAAUCGGGAUCGGAAGCCUACCUCCCAGCGGGGAGCUCGCACACCGCUGCCUUUCGACGAACCCUAAUGAUUUCGACAUCGUCGUCAUUGGGGCAGAGCACCACGACUACCACCACCGAUUUCUCGUCCUUUGCGGACUCGCUCGAGUCCGACCUUGACGACGACGGCUCGAACAAUCCGGCAAGGACCUCUGCCUCCCCACGAACCACCGUUUCUGUCGAGAAGCCCUGGCAGGCCAAGCUGGACGACCUCUUGGAUCCUUCCACGAACCUGGCCGAUCGACAAAUCUUGCUGUCAGAAUUGCUCACCUCGAACGACAAAAUCCGGGACGACGUGUUGGAUGCCCUCACGAAUCGAAAGGUGCGUGUGUUUUGCUAACUGCGCAUGCAGUCGGUUGUGUGUAGGGGUGUUUGUUUGCUGCUGGCAGGGCAUCGAACCGUCAUGAAAAUCUGUACAUUCUUCGUUCCUUCGAGUUUUUCUCACUCAUGUUGUUUCCAUUCUUUUUAAUUUAAAAUACGACAAUCACAAAACACAACAAUAGAUUGAUCCGCUAUUGACGCCCGCGCAAAAGAAACUUCAAGAAGGAACGAGAGCCGUCGUUCGCCAGCUAGCAAACGACAUUCUGCCACAAAUAUCGACCUCUUCCACUUCUGCGUCGUCGUCAUCACGACGAACACCCCCGCUCCCCUUUCUCCCACCCGUCGACCCCGCCGACGUUCAAUCGAUAGGAAACCGCCUCUUUUCUGCGGUUUCCAGCCAGAUCCAGAAGAACCUGGAAGACCUACAGGAGGACCUGACCGACCCCAUCAACAAAAUCCCAGCACGCCUCGAAAAACAGCGCGAGGAAGUCCUGCAGGAAGCUCGCAACGUCUUCUUGGAAAAGCCGGAGGGACUCGAGGAGCCCUCCUACACGGUGGUUGAAGAGAGCGAUCUCUACGAGAUUCGACAGUACGACGCCUAUUCGGUGGCCUCUACAGGUGUGAUGACGACCGAACUCGACGGAAUCGCCGCGGGAUCGGCGUUCAACGCACUGGCCUCGUAUGUUUUUGGGGAAAACGACGAGGGCAAGGUGAUGGAAAUGACCACCCCGGUCACUACCACCUCGACCGGGGAGAUGCGCUUUUACCUUAACACGAACGAUCGCAUCCCGCAACCCAACACUAAGGAGGGCGAGGACAAUGACGUCGAGAUCGUCAAAAUCCCUGCGGCUCUGUUGGCGAUUCGAAAAUUUCCUGGCUUUGCAACGGACGGGGAGGUGGCCCGGCAGAAGGACACCCUCCUGCAGGCGCUCGAGAUGGACGGCGUCGAGCUCGACGUUGCCCACGGAGCAGUGGUCCCGCACGUUGUCUUUCAGUACAAUCCGCCCUACACCCUCCCUAUGGUCAGGUACAACGAKAUUGGGGUUCCAGUCCGGAGCAAGGUUGGCGUCGAACCUGUGGUCAGCCUCAAGGAGGAAUGGAGCGUCUCGGACGAGGAAGUCGAGGACGGCGAUGAUAUUUCCCCCAGCGACGUGGAAUAAAAAAUACGCCAGGCAAGCACAACGAACAAACAAACAAACAGACAAACCAAUCAUAAAACAACACACUACCACGAYGCACGACUUAUGGAACCCACGACAUCGGAUACAAUGCAGCGGAUGUAUUCAGAACUUUUUAA